AUGGAGGGCUCCCUGGAGGCAGCGGCGGCCCCCGAGGAGGAGAACGCGGGGCCGGCGAACGGCGCCCCCCCCCGCCGCCCCGCCCACACCCGGCCGCCCCCCUGCGGCUUCAGCUCCUCCCUCUGCUUCAGCGCGGCCGCCGCCGAGCCGCCGCCCGCGCCGGCGGCCCGGGUGGUACAGAGCCAGUGGGAGAUCAAACAACCGCCGGCCUGCCAGCCGGAGGAGGACGAUGAGGAGGUGGUGGGGCCGCGGGACCGGCCGGCGGAGGAGCCGGACCUUGUGAUCGAGGUGUCGGGGCGUCGCAUUCGGGCGCACAAGGCGGUGCUGGCGGCCAAGAGUGACUACUUUCGUGCCCGCGCCUCCCGGGACGUCCUGCGGGUGAAGGGGGUGAGCUACGGGGCGCUGCGGCUUCUCAUCGACUACGUGUACACGGCCCGCAUGGGAGAGGUGCGGCACGACAACCUGGCGGAGGUGGUGAGCGGCGCCCGCGUCCUGCAGAUGCCGUGUGCCCUGCACUGUGCCGCCGAGGCCAUGCGCGCCCAGCUGUGCCUCGGCAACUGCUACCAGCUCCUCUGCCUGGCCAAGAAGCAGCGGUUGGCGGAGCUACGGGAGGCUGCCUACCCGUUCAUGAGCGACCAUUACCUGGAGGUGCUGCGGGAGCCCAGCGUGUAUGGCCGCCUCAGCGGCACUGAGCGGGACCUCAUCCUGCAGCGGCGCAUGGAGGCCCGGCCCUGGCCUGCUGGUGGCGAGGUCAGCGAUGCCUUCGAGGCGGCCAAGGUGGCCGGCAGCCGGCCACAGAGCGCGAAAGCAGCCGGCCGCAAAGCCCCCUCCUCCGUGGUGUCCCUGGAGGAGAGUGGCUCCCUCAUCCACUGCUACCAGGAGGCCAGCGGCGAGUGGAGGGUGCUGACACGCCUGCCCGAGGAAGCCAAUGCCAAGGGCUGUGCCAUGUGUGUCCUCCACAACUACCUCUUCCUAGCAGGGGGCAUCGUGACAGGGCCGGUGGGCAGCGAGCCCAGGGCCCGCCUUUCCGACAAGGUCUUCUGCUAUAACCCCCUCACUGACACCUGGAGCCAGGUGCGGCCGCUGGCCCAGCCCCGCUCGCAGCUCAAGCUGCUGGCCCUGGAUGGUUACCUGUAUGCUGUGGGGGGUGAGUGCCUCUUCACUGUGGAGAAGUACGACCCACGGGCUGACCGCUGGAGCCCUGUGGCACCUCUGCCCAAGGGUGCCUUCGCUGUGGCUCAUGAGGCCACCACUUGCAAUGGGGAGAUCUAUGUGUCAGGAGGCUCCCUCUUCUACCGCCUGCUCAAAUAUGACCCCAAGCGUGACGAGUGGCAGGAGUGCCCUUACAACAGCAGCCGCCGGCGCUCAGCGGACAUGGUGGCCUUCAAGAGCUUCAUCUACCGCUUCGAUGUGAGCAGUGGCCGUGGUGGGGAGCCGGGCCCAGGUGGUGGGGCCGCUGGUGGUGUCGAAGUUUUCCGGUACAACACAGUGGCCAAGUGCUGGAGCCAGUGCGCCAGCCUGCGGCCCAGCAGCAGCCCCAUCCAGCCCUUCCGCUGUGCCCCCUUGGGCAACACCAUCUACUGCGUCAACCGGACCGGCACCCUUCGCUUCAGCCUAGCCCAGGACGGCGAGGUGGAAGCGGAUGGUGGGCUCAAGGGCACUUUUGACGGGGAGCUUCUUAAAGCUCCCUUGGAUGUCAAGGGUGUUCUCCUACCCUUUGUGCUUACCCUGCCCGAGAGGCUGGACAAAGCAGGGGACCAGGAGGGCUCCCUCCCACUGUGAGAUGGUCAGCCUGGCUCUGGCUUCCUGAGAGGGGAGCUGGGUUGCAGCUGUGGGAGACCCACAAACUCCCACCUACAGAGGGGAUUCCCCCUGGUGAGUCUGCAGAGAAGAGGGGCUCCCCCUUUCCUCCUCUCUGCUCCCAGGAUUUUGAGCUGGUUGUAACUCUUCUCACGUUUGCUGUGCUUUGUGUGAAAAACCAAGCACAUGAAAGUAAAAGCUGCUAUAUUGGAUAAUCUCUGGAUUAUGUUUGUGCCAAUUCCCAAUCUGAGAAAAAUGUUUUUACACCUGGAUAUCUAAAAUAUUCCUGACAACAGUGUCAUAAUGGGACGUUAGUGUUGGUUGUGUGUUUGUGCAUAUUGCAGUCUGGGUUGGAGCCUUUUCUACUGUUAGGUUUUUUUCUGUCUAGGAUGAUACUGAGGGAUAAACAUAGUUUAGCUGAAUUUGUUUGUAUGUUAAACCAGCUAUUUCCUGUGUCAAAAAAGUAUAGGAAGAACAUCUCCGUCACAGCCUUUCAUUUGUGGUGCAAUGGAUGGUUUAAGGAAGAUGUGGCACUGUGUGGUCCCGGGAAUUUCAACCACAGAUGAUUUAACAUAUACCAGACUUAAAGUUUUAAGUAACUGAAAUGAGUGCCACAUGUUUUACUUGGAAUACAAAAAAAAAAAAA